AUGUUGCUAGGGCUUCUUCUAUUUUGUACAGUAGCACGGGCAAACUGCAAGGCUGGGAACACGCCGUCGGCGAACGGGCAGACGUGCGUCCCAAACGCAGAUCAAUGCGAGGACCCCUUGACCACCGCGGGCUGUGCGACCUGCACCGGCACGGGUAGCGCACAAACCUGCCUCACCUGCUCGUCCUCAAAGAAGGUCAGGCCGGACAAGAAGGGCUGCAUCGCUUCGUGCCCUCCGAGCGUGACCACAGAAAAUAGUGGGGUCUGCGAGUGCACGCCUGGGAACAAGCCCUCGUCGGACGGGACGACGUGCGUCCCAAACGCAGAUCAAUGCGAGGACCCCUUGACCACCGCGGGCUGUGCGACCUGCACCGGCACGGGUAGCGCACAAACCUGCCUCACCUGCUCGUCCUCAAAGAAGGUCAGGCCGGACAAGAAGGGCUGCAUCGCUUCGUGCCCUCCGAGCGUGACCACAGAAAAUAGUGGGGUCUGCGAGUGCACGCCUGGGAACAAGCCCUCGUCGGACGGGACGACGUGCGUCCCAAACGCAGAUCAAUGCGAGGACCCCUUGACCACCGCGGGCUGUGCGACCUGCACCGGCACGGGUAGCGCACAAACCUGCCUCACCUGCUCGUCCUCAAAGAAGGUCAGGCCGGACAAGAAGGGCUGCAUCGCUUCGUGCCCUCCGAGCGUGACCACAGAAAAUAGUGGGGUCUGCGAGUGCACGCCUGGGAACAAGCCCUCGUCGGACGGGACGACGUGCGUCCCAAACGCAGAUCAAUGCGAGGACCCCUUGACCACCGCGGGCUGUGCGACCUGCACCGGCACGGGUAGCGCACAAACCUGCCUCACCUGCUCGUCCUCAAAGAAGGUCAGGCCGGACAAGAAGGGCUGCAUCGCUUCGUGCCCUCCGAGCGUGACCACAGAAAAUAGUGGGGUCUGCGAGUGCACGCCUGGGAACAAGCCCUCGUCGGACGGGACGACGUGCGUCCCAAACGCAGAUCAAUGCGAGGACCCCUUGACCACCGCGGGCUGUGCGACCUGCACCGGCACGGGUAGCGCACAAACCUGCCUCACCUGCUCGUCCUCAAAGAAGGUCAGGCCGGACAAGAAGGGCUGCAUCGCUUCGUGCCCUCCGAGCGUGACCACAGAAAAUAGUGGGGUCUGCGAGUGCACGCCUGGGAACAAGCCCUCGUCGGACGGGACGACGUGCGUCCCAAACGCAGAUCAAUGCGAGGACCCCUUGACCACCGCGGGCUGUGCGACCUGCACCGGCACGGGUAGCGCACAAACCUGCCUCACCUGCUCGUCCUCAAAGAAGGUCAGGCCGGACAAGAAGGGCUGCAUCGCUUCGUGCCCUCCGAGCGUGACCACAGAAAAUAGUGGGGUCUGCGAGUGCACGCCUGGGAACAAGCCCUCGUCGGACGGGACGACGUGCGUCCCAAACGCAGAUCAAUGCGAGGACCCCUUGACCACCGCGGGCUGUGCGACCUGCACCGGCACGGGUAGCGCACAAACCUGCCUCACCUGCUCGUCCUCAAAGAAGGUCAGGCCGGACAAGAAGGGCUGCAUCGCUUCGUGCCCUCCGAGCGUGACCACAGAAAAUAGUGGGGUCUGCGAGUGCACGCCUGGGAACAAGCCCUCGUCGGACGGGACGACGUGCGUCCCAAACGCAGAUCAAUGCGAGGACCCCUUGACCACCGCGGGCUGUGCGACCUGCACCGGCACGGGUAGCGCACAAACCUGCCUCACCUGCUCGUCCUCAAAGAAGGUCAGGCCGGACAAGAAGGGCUGCAUCGCUUCGUGCCCUCCGAGCGUGACCACAGAAAAUAGUGGGGUCUGCGAGUGCACGCCUGGGAACAAGCCCUCGUCGGACGGGACGACGUGCGUCCCAAACGCAGAUCAAUGCGAGGACCCCUUGACCACCGCGGGCUGUGCGACCUGCACCGGCACGGGUAGCGCACAAACCUGCCUCACCUGCUCGUCCUCAAAGAAGGUCAGGCCGGACAAGAAGGGCUGCAUCGCUUCGUGCCCUCCGAGCGUGACCACAGAAAAUAGUGGGGUCUGCGAGUGCACGCCUGGGAACAAGCCCUCGUCGGACGGGACGACGUGCGUCCCAAACGCAGAUCAAUGCGAGGACCCCUUGACCACCGCGGGCUGUGCGACCUGCACCGGCACGGGUAGCGCACAAACCUGCCUCACCUGCUCGUCCUCAAAGAAGGUCAGGCCGGACAAGAAGGGCUGCAUCGCUUCGUGCCCUCCGAGCGUGACCACAGAAAAUAGUGGGGUCUGCGAGUGCACGCCUGGGAACAAGCCCUCGUCGGACGGGACGACGUGCGUCCCAAACGCAGAUCAAUGCGAGGACCCCUUGACCACCGCGGGCUGUGCGACCUGCACCGGCACGGGUAGCGCACAAACCUGCCUCACCUGCUCGUCCUCAAAGAAGGUCAGGCCGGACAAGAAGGGCUGCAUCGCUUCGUGCCCUCCGAGCGUGACCACAGAAAAUAGUGGGGUCUGCGAGUGCACGCCUGGGAACAAGCCCUCGUCGGACGGGACGACGUGCGUCCCAAACGCAGAUCAAUGCGAGGACCCCUUGACCACCGCGGGCUGUGCGACCUGCACCGGCACGGGUAGCGCACAAACCUGCCUCACCUGCUCGUCCUCAAAGAAGGUCAGGCCGGACAAGAAGGGCUGCAUCGCUUCGUGCCCUCCGAGCGUGACCACAGAAAAUAGUGGGGUCUGCGAGUGCACGCCUGGGAACAAGCCCUCGUCGGACGGGACGACGUGCGUCCCAAACGCAGAUCAAUGCGAGGACCCCUUGACCACCGCGGGCUGUGCGACCUGCACCGGCACGGGUAGCGCACAAACCUGCCUCACCUGCUCGUCCUCAAAGAAGGUCAGGCCGGACAAGAAGGGCUGCAUCGCUUCGUGCCCUCCGAGCGUGACCACAGAAAAUAGUGGGGUCUGCGAGUGCACGCCUGGGAACAAGCCCUCGUCGGACGGGACGACGUGCGUCCCAAACGCAGAUCAAUGCGAGGACCCCUUGACCACCGCGGGCUGUGCGACCUGCACCGGCACGGGUAGCGCACAAACCUGCCUCACCUGCUCGUCCUCAAAGAAGGUCAGGCCGGACAAGAAGGGCUGCAUCGCUUCGUGCCCUCCGAGCGUGACCACAGAAAAUAGUGGGGUCUGCGAGUGCACGCCUGGGAACAAGCCCUCGUCGGACGGGACGACGUGCGUCCCAAACGCAGAUCAAUGCGAGGACCCCUUGACCACCGCGGGCUGUGCGACCUGCACCGGCACGGGUAGCGCACAAACCUGCCUCACCUGCUCGUCCUCAAAGAAGGUCAGGCCGGACAAGAAGGGCUGCAUCGCUUCGUGCCCUCCGAGCGUGACCACAGAAAAUAGUGGGGUCUGCGAGUGCACGCCUGGGAACAAGCCCUCGUCGGACGGGACGACGUGCGUCCCAAACGCAGAUCAAUGCGAGGACCCCUUGACCACCGCGGGCUGUGCGACCUGCACCGGCACGGGUAGCGCACAAACCUGCCUCACCUGCUCGUCCUCAAAGAAGGUCAGGCCGGACAAGAAGGGCUGCAUCGCUUCGUGCCCUCCGAGCGUGACCACAGAAAAUAGUGGGGUCUGCGAGUGCACGCCUGGGAACAAGCCCUCGUCGGACGGGACGACGUGCGUCCCAAACGCAGAUCAAUGCGAGGACCCCUUGACCACCGCGGGCUGUGCGACCUGCACCGGCACGGGUAGCGCACAAACCUGCCUCACCUGCUCGUCCUCAAAGAAGGUCAGGCCGGACAAGAAGGGCUGCAUCGCUUCGUGCCCUCCGAGCGUGACCACAGAAAAUAGUGGGGUCUGCGAGUGCACGCCUGGGAACAAGCCCUCGUCGGACGGGACGACGUGCGUCCCAAACGCAGAUCAAUGCGAGGACCCCUUGACCACCGCGGGCUGUGCGACCUGCACCGGCACGGGUAGCGCACAAACCUGCCUCACCUGCUCGUCCUCAAAGAAGGUCAGGCCGGACAAGAAGGGCUGCAUCGCUUCGUGCCCUCCGAGCGUGACCACAGAAAAUAGUGGGGUCUGCGAGUGCACGCCUGGGAACAAGCCCUCGUCGGACGGGACGACGUGCGUCCCAAACGCAGAUCAAUGCGAGGACCCCUUGACCACCGCGGGCUGUGCGACCUGCACCGGCACGGGUAGCGCACAAACCUGCCUCACCUGCUCGUCCUCAAAGAAGGUCAGGCCGGACAAGAAGGGCUGCAUCGCUUCGUGCCCUCCGAGCGUGACCACAGAAAAUAGUGGGGUCUGCGAGUGCACGCCUGGGAACAAGCCCUCGUCGGACGGGACGACGUGCGUCCCAAACGCAGAUCAAUGCGAGGACCCCUUGACCACCGCGGGCUGUGCGACCUGCACCGGCACGGGUAGCGCACAAACCUGCCUCACCUGCUCGUCCUCAAAGAAGGUCAGGCCGGACAAGAAGGGCUGCAUCGCUUCGUGCCCUCCGAGCGUGACCACAGAAAAUAGUGGGGUCUGCGAGUGCACGCCUGGGAACAAGCCCUCGUCGGACGGGACGACGUGCGUCCCAAACGCAGAUCAAUGCGAGGACCCCUUGACCACCGCGGGCUGUGCGACCUGCACCGGCACGGGUAGCGCACAAACCUGCCUCACCUGCUCGUCCUCAAAGAAGGUCAGGCCGGACAAGAAGGGCUGCAUCGCUUCGUGCCCUCCGAGCGUGACCACAGAAAAUAGUGGGGUCUGCGAGUGCACGCCUGGGAACAAGCCCUCGUCGGACGGGACGACGUGCGUAUCAGAGACGGCCUGCAAUACUCCCAACUGUAAGACCUGUGACAACCCCAAAACAGACAACGAAAUCUGCACUGAAUGUAAUGACGGCGAUUACCUCACCCCGACAAAGCAGUGCACGCAGAGCUGCGGAGCAAUAGGAAGCUACUAUGAUGGAGACAAAGCGUGCGAGCCUUGUGAUCCUAGCUGUGCUGGGUGCACCACAAAGGGGCCAGCGAAGUGCACGCUGUGUCCUCCCGGGAAGAGGCUCCAGUACACCAAUGAUGAUCCUAAUCAAGGUGGAUCUUGUGUAGAUGAGUGCAAAGCAGAGGUGGACGGGUGUGCAGAGUGUGGAGCGGUAAUCGGCGGUACGAAGUACUGUUCAAAAUGCAAGGAAGAUAAGUGGGCACCUCAGAAUGGCGUGUGCGCUAAUUCAGUAACAAGGAAUUCAUUCUGCACGAACGCAGCAGGUGGCGUAUGCACUCAGUGUGCUGCAGAUCAUUUCCUUCAAGAUGGAGGCUGCUAUAAACUCGGCAGACAACCUGGCAUACAGAUAUGCACACUAGCUGAUAGCAAUGGUGGAUGUCAGACGUGCGCCAAUAGUCUUCAGCCCAAUGAUGGAGCAUGCCCCUCGUGUCAUUCGACCUGCAAGACAUGCUCGACUGCAGAUAGCUCUGAUAAGUGUACGUCAUGCGCAGCUGGGUACUAUAUGGUCGGGUCAGGGCCAAACACAUGUAUUUCGUGUGACAGCAACAGUGGAAGUGUCAAGGGAGUUGCUGGCUGCAUGAGCUGCGCUCCUCCACCUAAUAAUCAAGGAUCUGUCGUCUGCUACCUCAUAAAUGAUAGCGGUAGCACAAACAAGAGUAGCGGGCUCUCCACGGGGGCUAUCGCGGGGAUCUCCGUCGCUGUGGUCGUCGUCGUGGGGGGCCUCGUGGGCUUCCUCUGCUGGUGGUUCCUCUGCAGGGGGAAGGCGUGA